AAAAAACAAACUUUUUCUUUGCUUUCUUAAUAGUUGAUUAUUAUUUUCAUCUAUCGAUUGAUUAUCUAAAUAUGUAUAUGAUUUAAUUACAGAAAAGUUCAGGUUUGUCAAUUGUGAUUGUUUCCUUUUCUUGGAUUGAAAUUUAAUUAUCGUUCAUUGUGAUUAAACAAUAAUGUUCAUUACUAAUCAUCAGCAUCUUUGGUAUCAAUUUGAUUGUACAUUUGUUAAUCUGUCCGUCUGUCUGUCUUAAUUGUUGUUGUUGCCUGUUAAUUGUUAUAACAAUCAAUCGUUUCUUUCAAUUACACUCAUUAUAUUGUAUCUUUAAUUGCAAUUAAUCAAAAUGAAUGACGAAGAUUUCCUUUCGUGCCUUGGAUACAAUCUUAAUGAUACAAUUACUCCUUGUCCAAGUGAUUCUGGGAUUGAUUUAAAUUCAAUGGAGUUUGAUCUCUGGUCACUUAAUUGUCCAACACUUAAUCACAACAAUCUGACCUUACAAAGAAUGGAAUCAAGUUCAUCAUUUGUUAAAUCAAAUGAUUACGUUACUGAUAAUAUCUCAAUUAAAUCACUUCCAAUUGAAUCAAGUGAAAUUUUUCCAGAACCAAUGAUAUCACAAUCAAAUAGUGUCAACACUAAUCAAUCAAAUGCUAAUUACUCUUAUGGGAAUAAUAAUAUUUACAAUACAAAUAAUUCAUCACAAUCAGGAGGAGGUUCAGUUGAUUUGAAUUAUUUCAAUCAAUGUAACGGUUUCACUGUUUCAAAAGUCAUGAUUACACCUUUAUCACCACCACCACCACCUCCCCACCCUCCUCCACUCCCAACAACAACAAUGCCAUCAUCAUCAUCAUCAUCAUCGACAACCACAACCACAACAACUACAGCAACAACGUCAAAUAUUGGAAUCAACUCUAAUCAGCAACUGACCAACAAUCAAAACUCAAUUAAUAGUAUUGCAUACUCAUUCCACAAUUCAAAUGGAUCAAUUAAUCAGAUGAACAAUUUACCGAAUCAUAAUAUUCACUCAUCACAACAACAACAACCACAACAACAACCCCUUAUACUCACAAUCAGCAUCAAAUUGUUUCUGAUCAUCACCAUCAUUCAAAUCAUUAUGACUAGUCAUAAUCACAAUUCAAAUCAUCAUGUUAAUAAUAACACCAAUCAUAAUCAUAGAUUUUCAGUGCCACAACCAGCGAGUGGAUUAUUUCCCACCUCAAUGAGUGUUAAUUUAUCUAUGAACAUGACCAUGGGCUUUGCUACUUCCCCUGUUUCAGCGGAGGCAACAGCAGCCGCUGCCGCAGCUGCGGCUGCUGCAGCGGCAUCAAGUCAACCAAUUGUUUGGUCAAAUACAACAACAUCAUCACCAUCAACAUCUCAAUCAACUGUAGCUUAUGAAAUCGGAGGCGGAGUAAAUAAUCACUUGAACAUUUCCACUCCAACAGUAAAUCCCAAUCAACUAAGAGGCUGUUCAACAUUAACUAAUUGUUCACCGCUAAUUACCAGCAACGGUUUCAACAAUUUAACUGGAUUCUUUGAUAAUCCAUACAGUCCGACUUACCCAACAUCUCCUGGUUCAUCAUUUCACCACCAUCCACCUCCACCACCUCUUCCUCCACCUCUUCCUCCUCCUCCUCCUCCACCGCCUCUUACAACAAAUCAACAUCCUCAUCAUCUUCAAUAUCAUCAUUCAGAUAAUUUACUAAUUCAAAAUCAGCCUGUUCCUCAUAAUCUUCAUCAUCCUCAUCAUCAAUCUCAACUGCAACAAUUGCACAAUAUAAAUCAUCAUUUUCACCAUCAACCUCACCACAAUCAAGACCAACAAGAUCCCAAUCAUAAUCAUCAUCACAACAAUCAAAUAUCAACAAUCAAUCAAAUCUCAUCAGAUGAUAAAAGUUAUCAAAUUGAAGAUAUUAUUGAAACGACAAAUAAUCUCAAUAAUGAUUCAAUUAACAAUCAAAACCAUCACAAUGAUGGAAACAGUAACAAUCUUAACGAUAACGAUGAUGUUAAAAUUAACUUUAACUCCAAUAGUUCAACUACAAUCAGAUCAAUUUCCCCGUUAACUGAACAAACUCAGAAUGAGAUUAACGAUCAUCACUCUGAUUAUUCAAGAUACAACAAUCAUCUAAAUCAUGAUCACAAUCAUGUUUAUCGUCAUAAAGGUAAAAUUGCCCAGGAAUUAGCAGCUCUUCAAGAGAUAAGCCAAGAAUCAGAUGAAACAAUUUACUACAAAGACUCUUCAACAACCUCAUCACUAUCAACUAAUCAACACACUAAUCAUAAUCUAAAUAAUUCUGGUUCAUCUUCACCAAAUUUGUGUCGCAUUUGCGGCAAAACUUACGCUCGUCCAUCCACAUUGAAAACUCAUCUUCGAACUCAUUCUGGUGAAAGACCUUACAGAUGUAGCACGUGCCAUAAAUCCUUUUCUCAGGCCGCUAAUCUAACGGCUCAUAUUCGUACGCACAGCGGUGAGAAACCUUUUCGUUGUCCAGUUUGUGAUCGACGAUUUUCCCAAAGUUCAUCGGUGACAACCCACAUGAGAACUCAUUCCGGCGAGAGACCUUAUCGUUGUGGAAGUUGCCGGAAGGCAUUUUCCGAUUCGUCGACAUUAACUAAACACCUUCGAAUUCAUUCCGGAGAGAAACCUUAUCAAUGUAAAUUGUGUUUACUGCGAUUCUCACAAUCAGGUAAUCUUAAUAGACACAUGAGAAUUCAUACCAACAUCACCUAAUCAAUUAACCAUUAACUCUCAACAAUUUAACUGUAAUUAACUUUUCAAGACAAAACAAAUCAACUCCCUGAGUCUGUGUGUUAACCUUUAACUUCAUUUUUUUUCUGGUCAAUAACAAUUAACAUUUAAUUAAUUACCAACAAUUAAACUGCUACUAAUGCUCCUUUCAAU